AUGUCCGGUCCAUUUUCAUCUGUGGUGAAUUUUACUGUUCACGAAUUUCUUCAGCGUGUCGAGAAACUCGCUGUUCUUCAAAGUGUCAAGUGUUCGUCUGAAUCCAAGAACAAUAAUAUUAGAUUUCCCAAACAUCACAAACAAUCUAAACAACAUUUUCAAGUACACUCAACGUCUACAAUAUCAACUACGAUUACAGAACAAUUGAUUGAAGAAACAGUUUUUAAUGCUUAUAUUAAAGCUAGUCAGAUUCUAUCUCAAUGUGAACUUUCUACUGUUAAUCCUCAUGAUAUGAUGCAAUCUUUUGAAGAAAUGAAUAAUUUAGCAUACAAAAGAUUAUCAAGAUCAACAUGUACAACUUCCAAUAAAAAUUCUUCUGAAUCAUAUAAUUAUGAAGACGACAAUGAGGACGAUGGUGAAGAUCAGCAUGCAGAUGAAGAGGAAAACGAAAAUGAUGAUAAUGAAAAACAUCAACCUAACAAGGAAUCUAUUGAGAAUGAUAUCACGAAUGAAAAUGAUGAAUUAACGUCAAUGGACGAAUUUGGUCUUGAUUGUCUUCCAAAUGUAUCUAGUGCUACCAUUCGAGGGAUGCGUUUAUUCGAUUCUGUCAAUAGUAAUCAAUCAGACUCUUUCUUUUCCGUUGAAGUCAAUGGUCGUAUCAAAUACAUGCACAAACAGACUGCAAACUGGCACUCUUCAAAAAAAAAACCUAUCUUGUCUUCUGAUCGAUUGAAAAGGGUACAACAGGUAAUAUAAUUUUUUUUUCUUCUAUUGGUUUUCAAUAUUAUUUUGCAAUAUAAGAAAAAAGUUAUAAAUUAUCUUUUUAUGCAAUGUUAUUAGAGAAUGAACUUAAGUCC